GAACCCAAAAAAGAAUCCAUAACCAACGACCUUAUAUAUACUCAAAGUUCGCACACUCCAUAAUAAUCAAAUCACCUGCAACUUCAACAAAACCCUAAAAAGUUCAUCACAAACAUGGAGUCAACUUCAACAAUCUACACAAAUUCUUCUAACACCACCGCAAAUAUCGCCGAUAGAGUCGUUCUACAGCUUCUUACACAGAACAACUUCAACAACGACGACGAUAUCUUCACUUUCACCGACGAUAAUGAUAAUAAUACCGCCAAGGGUGACGUAAGCACAAUUCCUCACACAGAAACGGUGAAUCUGAUUGAAGAUGAAGACGAACAGGAGUUUGAGUUUCCUGUUAUGUGUACAGACUCUAAUCUGUUCCAGAUUUCAUCGGAAUUCGUCUCUGGCGAUCAGAUCUCGCCGAGAUAUCCGCUUUUUGAUCAGAAUUUGCUGACGUCAGACUUGGAUCUGGAUAUAUUUAACGGCGUUGAUAGUUUGAAGACGGACUCUGAAUCUAAAUCUAAACCUAAACCGUCAGACGGAGAUAUUAAUCUCCGUAACGACGUUAAUACUUCGAAGACGGAAGUCGAUAACGGUGUUAAUACUUUGCAAACGGAAUCUGAACAGCCUCUGGCGAAACAGUUAUCGCUGAUGAAACUGUUUGACGAAACUCGUGAAACGAUGUCGGAUUCGUCGUCGGAGACGGACGAUUUAGCCGGAAUAACGCCGGAUACUUACUGCGUGUGGAAGCCGGAUUCGAAUCCACGUCGAAAACAAUCAAAGCAUAAGAAGAGUAAUUCGAUUUCGAUUGGCAAUACGUCGAACAGGUGGAAGGUUCGAGAUCUACUUAAACGAAGCUACAGUGACGACGGUUAUUCUACCGGUAAGGAAAAGGAUUCGCCGGUGUUUAUUUUUAUUCCUCCAGUUUCACCGGAAAAGGUAAAACAGAUCGGGAAAACUGUUAAAUUGAAGAAUAUUCCGGCGUAUAAGUUUACGAAGACGGAAAGGAAUAUUCCGGCGAAUAAGCCGUAUCUUCCGUACCGGGAAGAUCAGCUUGCUGCGUAUGCGAAUUUCACCGCUGCUAAAAAUGGAUGAUUUAUGUUUGUUUUUGUUAUUUAGGGUUUGUUGUGUAAAUCUCCGAUUAGUUGUAAUUUGUAAGUAAGAUUUUGGGAUUAGGAAUAAAUAAAAUGUAAAACUUGAAUUAGUAAAUAUGAAAAGGGCUUUUUUUUGGUUUUA